UAACGUCAACGCGCUCUCUAUACAGAUCUUGUCAGAGUUUCGGCUUCACCAAUUAAUGAAAAGGCGCAUUAUUUACUUUAUCGCGAGAAGAAAACGUCAAGUGUAGUAGUAGUAGUUGCGGUUAGUUUGAACUGAAAUUUGGCGGCUUUGGAGGAAGUGUAUUUUAACUUUACUGUUAGGUUUGACAAAAUGGUGACUGCUAAACCACUUGAGAUUAAAAAAGCGUUUGAAAUGGCGCAGCAGCCGCAUCAGAACCACUCAAAGCUAGUAGCAGUUUUAAAGUCUGCAUAUAACCAGGCAGGGGAUAAAACAGUCUUCUUUGAGGAGUUUGUUCAUUUUCUGAAAUAUCCGAUGGUUGUAUACCAGCGUGAGCCUACGGUAGAGCGAGUAAUGGACUUUGUUGUUAAGUUUGCUACAUCAUUUGUGCAACCAAGGAAGGAAGAAGAUCCGGAGGAGGAAGAGGAGUCUGAUAAUCCCUUUUUAAAUUAUUUAUUUGAAUUUCUUUUAAAGUCUCACAAAGCAAACAGCCAUGCUAUCCGAUUCCGUGUAUGUCAACUCAUUAACAAGCUUCUGGGAAACCUGCCUGAAAAUGCUCAGAUUGAUGAUGAUCUUUUUGACCGCAUUUAUGAAGCCAUGCUGAUUAGAUUGAGAGACAAGUAUCCAAAUGUCAGAAUACAAGCUACCUUGGCGAUGGCUAGACUUCAGGACCCACAAGAUGACAACUGUCCUGUGAUUAAUGGUAAGUGGCAUAAGUACUCAAACAUUGAAAAGAAUGUAAUGCUUGACAUUUCAGAAUAUGUGAGAGAGGUAGUGCAGAAGAAAUUGCUGCAGUCCUGGUUAAAGCUCACUGAGGGAAACGUCUUGGAACUACUUCACAGACUUGAUGUGGAAAAUUGUCCAGAGGUGGCUAUAUCAGCACUCACUGCAAUGUUUGAGCUUUCUCCUGUCCACGAACUAGCAGAAAAAUGUACAAAUAUUGACAGCAGGAAAUUGAUCCCAGUUGAGAAUCUGACAUGUGAGAAUGCUUUAUACUGGAGAGCCCUCUGUGAGUAUCUGAAGAAAAAAGGAGAUGAAGCAGAAGAACAUCUGGAACGCAUUCUGCCAGAAACCGCUAUCUUUGCUGAUUAUCUCUUUGGUUUCCUGAAAAACAUUACAGUCCUCGAGGAAGAGGAAAAAUCUGAUUUUGCACGUGUUGAAGCAGUUAUGACACAAGAGUUUAUUGGGCAACAGCUGAUUCACCUGGUUAGUUGUUUGGAUACUGCUGAAGAAGGAGGAAGGAAACACAUACUGUCUGUGCUGCAGGAGAUUCUGGUACAACCGAGUACCCCUACAUCACUCACUUCAUUGCUUACUGAAAAACUGCUAAGUAUUCUUAAUGAUGAUGACAGGAGAAUUCAAGUAGUUGCUGAAAUUAUCUCAGAAGUUCGAGAGCCAAUUGUUACUGUUGAUGCACCAGCUGAUAUUGCUGAAGUCCGAAGUCAGCAAGUCAAGAACGAUCCAGAAACUAUGCUGAAGUGUCUGACUAUGUGCUUUGAACUACUUAAACAAAUGUGCGUUUCAAAGGGCAUUGGUCCCACUAUGAAUGGAAUUAUCGAAUCUUUGAUUUUUCCAAGCAUUGCGAAUGUGCAUCCAGCAGUAAGAAAUAUGGCUGUUCUAUGUCUUGGAUGCUGUGCACUCCAGAAUCAGGAUUUUGCAAGCCAGCACCUUGCAUUGUUGCUACAGAUUUCUCAGAUUGAUGAAGUCAAGGUGAAGAUAAAUGCUCUGAAGGCAGUUUUUGACCUGCUACUUUCAUUUGGUAUUGAAUUUUUCAAACCCAAAGAAAGCAGCGCUCCUGAACAUGAAAGUGAUUGCUCUAACAAGGGUGAUUACGAACCUAAUGAUGAGGAAGAAAAAAAGAAAACAGAAGAUGCAGAGAGUGACCCUGUCAACAGCAUCCUAACUCUUCUCUCAAACUUCUUGGACAGUGAGAUCUCUGAGCUGAGGACUGAAGCUGCAGAGGGAUUUGCCAAGCUGCUAUAUUCUGGAAGAUUAAUUAGUUCCAAACUACUCUCCCAUCUUAUUCUUUUAUGGUACAAUCCUGUUACUGAAGAAGAUACUCGCCUUAGGCAUUGUUUAGGUGUCUUCUUUCCUAUGUAUGCAUUUGCAGACAGAAUUAAUCAAGAAUGCUUUGCAGAUGCAUUUUUGCCUACCUUGGUUACAUUGUUUGAUGCUCCAGGCUCUUCUCCUUUGGCAGAAGUUGAUAUUGCAAAUGUAGCAGAACUGCUGGUGGACCUGACUAGAUCAAGUGGAUUGAGUCAUCCUGAAAAGAACCAGUUUCAGGAGUUUACAGCUCAUGACAACAUGGCUGUCAGAAUAUGUCACCAGAUUUUGAAAGAUCCCAGUGCUCCUGAUGUUCGUGUUUAUGCAAAAGCUUUGAGUUCUCUUGAAUAUAGCAAAAGUACUUCACAGGAACUUCUGUCACUGCUGGAUGAGUGCCUGGAGGAGAUAAAGGACAAGGUGUGUCGAAAUGCUCUAGAAAAAGCCAAGAACCUGUUAAUUGGAGAACAUAAUAAAGAAAAUUUUCAAGCUGGUGAUCACUCAGUAGAACAGAACUGUGAAAAUGUGGCAGCAGAGUACAGAAAGAGUGUAGGUCCAGGCUUCAGUGGUGAUCAGAAUCAAGGAAGCAAACCACCAUCAACUGUCAAAAGCAAAAAGAAAGCAAAUUACUGUGAGCGUAUGAUUGAUGAAAAUGUUGAAGUCAGAUUACUUUGUGACGACUUGAAAAAAUAUGAGGGGCUACCUACCUAUACUAAUUGCCUUAAUAAAUUGACCAAGGACCUAUUAGCCUUUGAGAAACAAAUCAAAGAUAAGAAAAUAUGA